ACACACACACACACUCAACAAAACAAAUCAGAGCCAGCCUGCCACUACUCUCUCUCUCGCUCUCUCUGUGGAAGUCCACUCCACACACAAACACCAAAACCUAACAAAUGCCAUCCCCAACAACAGCCAUGAGUAGCAUGAUCCGGCAGCGGCUCCUCUCAUCUCUGCGCACACGCGGCGGCACCGCGACAACAGGGUCGAGCAGGUGGAGCAGCCCGGGUCACGAGGAGAAACCCAAGGGUUACCUCUUCAACAGGCCCCCACCACCACCUGGUCAGUCUCGGAAAUGGGAAGACUGGGAGUUGCCUUGCUACAUCACCAGCUUCCUCACCAUCGUCAUCCUCGGUGUCGGACUCAACGCCAAGCCUGAUCUCACCAUCGAGACCUGGGCCCACCAGAAAGCCCUCGAACGCCUCGAGAUCGAGAGCCUUUCCUCUCCUUCCGCCUCAACCGAAUCCGAAUGAAUUGAUUCGAUUUUGAGUUCGAUGAUGAUGACGAGGAAUUUGAAGGAACGGUAAUGGAGACUUUUUUUUUUUUUCCCCGUGUUUAUAUUAUGAUGGUAUGUCAUGUAACUGAAUAAGGUUGUUUUUGAAUUGGGCUCUUUUGCAAACCUUGGUUCAUUUUGAGUUAUUCUGACUUGAUCAUAUUUCAAUUGCUUCAUAAAUUCAACGUUCUCACUGUUGAUUAGGAA